GCCUCUCGCCGCCGCCCGCAAACCCUCAUUUUUCUCUCUCCUGCGCCGCGACGUCCCUCGCCUUCGCCGCCGAAUCCGAGACUCCGAUCUCGGGUUCACCGCAGCGCACAGAGCAGCCCCGACUCCCGGCCCGAUCCGCGCUCUCCUCUCCGUCGCUUCAGAUAUAAGCGUUUUCCGGUGCUAAUAUGCAAAAUUGCUAGUUUUGGUCAUAUAAAACUGUCCUGGGAAGCUCCGUAGCUUGUGUACCGUGCUUGAGUAUUGGAUUCAAGCUGUUUGAGCUGUGGGAUGCUGCAUGCUUGAUGUCAUGGCAGGAAUGGCACCUGAGGGUUCUCAGUUCGAUGCUAAGCACUAUGAUUCUAAGAUGCAGGAGCUGCUGAGCACCGGUGAGACUGAGGAGUUCUUCACUUCAUAUGAUGAAGUUUUUGAGAGUUUUGAUGAUAUGGGCCUCCAAGAGAAUCUUCUGAGAGGCAUUUAUGCUUAUGGUUUUGAGAAGCCAUCUGCAAUUCAGCAGAGAGGAAUUGUUCCCUUCUGCAAGGGUCUUGAUGUCAUUCAGCAAGCACAAUCUGGUACAGGAAAGACAGCAACCUUCUGUUCUGGGAUCUUGCAGCAGCUGGACUAUGGCCUGGUUGAAUGCCAGGCCCUGGUCCUUGCUCCCACCCGUGAGCUUGCACAGCAAAUCGAGAAAGUCAUGCGCGCGCUUGGUGAUUACCUUGGUGUUAAGGUCCAUGCAUGUGUGGGAGGAACAUCCGUCCGUGAGGACCAAAGGAUUCUUGGCAGUGGUGUGCAUGUUGUUGUUGGUACACCUGGUCGUGUGUUUGAUAUGCUGCGCAGACAGUCCCUCCGCCCUGAUAACAUCAAGAUGUUUGUUCUAGAUGAAGCUGAUGAAAUGCUUUCUCGUGGUUUCAAGGAUCAGAUUUACGACAUCUUCCAGCUUCUCCCAGCCAAGAUUCAGGUUGGAGUCUUCUCUGCUACCAUGCCCCCUGAGGCCCUUGAGAUUACCCGCAAGUUCAUGAACAAGCCAGUGAGAAUCCUCGUGAAGAGAGAUGAGCUGACUCUUGAGGGUAUCAAGCAGUUCUAUGUGAAUGUGGAUAAGGAAGACUGGAAGCUGGACACACUGUGUGACCUGUACGAGACCCUUGCCAUCACCCAGAGUGUCAUCUUUGUCAACACCCGCCGCAAGGUGGACUGGCUCACUGACAAGAUGAGGAGCAGGGACCACACUGUUUCUGCCACUCAUGGUGACAUGGACCAGAACACUAGAGACAUCAUCAUGAGGGAGUUCCGGUCUGGCUCCUCCCGUGUGCUCAUCACCACCGACCUGCUUGCUCGUGGUAUUGAUGUUCAGCAGGUGUCCCUGGUCAUCAACUAUGAUCUCCCCACCCAGCCAGAGAAUUACCUGCAUCGCAUUGGUCGUAGUGGUCGUUUCGGUAGGAAGGGUGUUGCCAUCAACUUUGUGACCCGCGACGACGAGCGGAUGCUGUUCGACAUCCAGAAGUUCUACAACGUGUUGAUUGAGGAGCUGCCUGCCAACGUCGCUGACCUUCUGUGAUCAUUUUGAAGAAAAACAGAACUAAAAGAACGGUGGUGGGGGUGAUCUGGUAAGGCUUGGUUUUGCCGAAAUAUUGUGGGGGAGGAGUGAUAAGGUCGGUGGGGUUUCUAUGUUAAAGUCGUGGUCUCGGGCAAUAUGCGAUUUUUCUUUAUGCCAUGUUUUGGGAAAUUUUGUAGCUGCCUAGGCCUCGUGCUGUUGUGGUGGUUCAUUAGUAUGAAGACGAAGGCUCUGCUGGCUAUGGGAGUCCUUUUUCUUUUUGUUAGUAUUUUGUUUAAAACUAUGUAUGACCGAAUUAUUUGUCAUCCUUGACUCAAUUCUGCUGCAACCAGUUGUAUCGUGCCAUGUGUCUGCAGCACCGGUCGUUGCUGUUCUGAGUAAAAUCUGUUUACUCUGCUUUCA